AUGUCUUUCCUCAACAAGCUGAAGAACAAGGCGGAGGAACUGAACAGGAAACACAAUAUCGGACUCCCGCUAGGCCAAGGGUCCCAGCAACAGACCCAUCCCUCCUCACAGCAAUACUAUCCGGGUCAACAGCCACCGCAAGGCCAAUGGCAACAACCCCCUCAGGGACAGUGGCAGCAGCCUUCUCAGGGGCAAUGGCAACAGCCUCAGCAGGGACAGUGGCACCAGCCGACACAGCCAAAUACCUACAACAGACCAGCUGUACCACCGCCCAUCCCCUCGCACUCACGGCCCCCUCCCUCAGAUGCGGCAUCCCACACACAGCAGUCCGGGGCCCCGCCAGCCCAGCCGCAGGCCUCACAAGUCUACUGGCGCGCCAACUUCCACCCCGACAUCCCAGUGGGACAAGAAUUCGAGCAGAAGCAAGGCCACGGCGACCCCUACGGCUGGGGCAACAACGAGCUGGAGAACUACACGUCGCACGCGAGCAACAGUCUCUUCACGCCCGACCACAAACUCAUCGUGCGCGCCGUCUCGCAGCCGCAGCACCCGGACCCGGAGGCGCGCUACACGUCGGCGCGGCUCGUGACGCGGCGGACGCUGGGGCGCGCCCGGGGGUGCCUGACCGCCUGGCUGACGCUGCCGUGCGCCGAGGGCGUCUGGCCCGCCUUCUGGAUGCUGCCGCGCGAGCCGUUCGAGUGGCCCCACGAGGGCGAGGUCGACAUUGCCGAGGCCUGGAACGCCGAGUUUCAGAACCACUCGUGUCUGCACUGGGGCGCCUACAACUCGCCCGAGGACAUGCAGAAGCACCUCGUGCGCCAGACGCACAUCCCGGACAUGGGCCAUCGGGCGGUGCGGUUCGACUUUGUGUGGGAUUGCGGGACCUCGGGCGUCCGCGCGGAUGGCAAGUCGAACGGGGGAGGGAGGCUCAUGUGGAUUAUUGAUGGGCGCCCUGUGAUGAAGAACCUCAUGCCGCCAGGCACGCGCCCGAUCGAGGACUGGUGUGUGCUGCUUAAUGUGGCCAUGGGAGGGACUGUGUGCCAGGGCAAGGCACCGCGGGACGGGAUCUAUGACAUGGUUGUACAUGCUUUGCAGAUGAGCGAAGAGCCGGAGGGAGGAUGGUGGAAGUUUGAAAAUGAUUGGCAUGGGUGCCCUCAUGGCGCGGUUAUGUGA